GCCGUUCUCCCACCGGCCGAGGGGGCGGUGCCAACCGAGCCAAUAAGAGCCGGGGGGCGGGGCCAGGCACGGCAGACGCCGGCCGGUAUCGCGAUCGCCAUCGCCACCAUGUCAUCCGGUCAGGAAUCCAUUUUGUCCGAGUAUGAGACUGACACCAGCCAGACAUCAAAGCUGCUAAGGAAAUUUAAAGAGACGCCGUUUGUACCCAUCGGGAUGGCUGGCUUUGCCAUGGUGGUUGGCUACGGGCUGUACAGACUGAAGCACAGAGGUGACAUGAAAAUGUCACUUCACUUGAUUCACAUGCGCGUGGCAGCCCAGGGCUUCGUCGUGGGAGCGCUAACGUGCGGUGUGCUGUACUCAAUGUUUCAGGAGUACGUAGUGAAGCCCAAGGAGUAAUGGAAAGAUGACUGAAAUCUCUCUCCUGGUGGUGGCCUGUGUACUGCAGCUACAAACCUGAUAUCGAGGGGUUCUUGAGGGAAAAAAAUAACACAUGAUAUCAGAGAAUUGCCCUAUAUUAUGUUGUGUGUGGUACGCUGUCCUGAGGCUGGCAGCCUAAAUGACUGCACGCUUGGGGAGUGGGUGUCAGGGUCUGGUUACUUCCGAUUGACACUACCAUAUCCCAGUUUUUAGGGGAUAUAGUAGAGUACAAUCCCUUUGUCUUCUCGACUGUCAACUCUGUCCUAAAAUUGGUGACUUUUUUGCUCACGUUGCCCAAAAUUAAAGUCUCAACUAGCUUCUCUUUGGCCUCAGGCAGAACGUGGAGGCCAUGUCUGUAAGUGUCAUGAAUGCUUUGCUGUUAUUUUCUAUCCUGUGUAUUUGUCAGCCUCCAGGUUUGUAAUUUAGAAGCUUCCAGUAGCACUAAAUGACUUCUAAAACAUUGAGAGAGAGAUAUAAACAUCUAUUUUUUUAUUUAAGGUGUGAGAUAAGUAUUUGGUAUGUUGCAGCUAUUUAAAUGUUAUAUUUAUUCACUGUUAAUGAAGACACAGGCUCCCUAUUUUUACUACAGAUUUUCAGACUCUGAUUAUUAUAUAUUCUAACUUUAUUUACAGUGUUCUUCUGAGUAACAUUUAAAUGUAACAUUUAAAAUACAUAUUGUGAAAACUAAACCUUGAUUUGGUGUUCUAAUGCUUUUAGUUGAAGUACAUGACCUAGCUCUGAUUUCUGCAGUGCCAUUCCCUACAGAAAUUUUAAAACAAUUAAAUCUGGAAAGCCCCCAUCAUCCUCGAUGGAGGUGUUAAAACCCUUCUCUGUAAAUUGCCAAUGCUAUUUUACACUCGAACACCUUGUAUCUUCAACAGCAGUCACAAAAAUAAAUGUACUGAUAAAGCCAAUUUGUAAAAAACCCCUCAUUUUCUCCUAUGAGCUGACAUUCCAUGGUGACAGUAUGAUGUCUCUUUUUAAUAAAUACCUCAAGGUACGUACUGCACGCGUCUGACAUGUUGUACAGAGCAGCGGGAGAUGAAAUAUGAAUAAAUAUGUAAGCACUGGAGAUAA